CCCUCGCACUCACCGGGCGCCUUGCUUUGGUUAUCCACAAGAAGGCGUCGGUCGUUGAGGAGGCGUUUAGAGAUUUCUCUGCAUGAGUGGAAUAGACUUGGGAAUAGACGUUUGGAUCGUGGUGCCCUUGGAAGAAAUAACGGGGGAAAGCGCAGGACAGAGCGAACUCGUGCCUUUUUUUCCACUUGUGUUGAGGAUAUUUAGAUUUCAGGAUGCCAGUUUUCCACACCAAGACGAUAGAGAGUAUCCUGGAGCCGGUGGCUCAGCAGAUUUCCCACUUGGUUAUCAUGCACGAGGAGGGCGAAGUUGAUGGGAAAGCGAUCCCAGAUCUCACCAGCCCAGUGGCGGCAGUGCAAGCGGCUGUCAGCAACCUCGUGCGGGUGGGGAAGGAGACGGUACAGACCACAGAAGACAAGAUUAUGAAAAGAGACAUGCCUCCGGCCUUCAUUAAGGUGGAGAAUGCUUGUGCAAAGCUGGUGGAAGCAGCUCAGAUGUUGAGAACAGACCCGUACUCUGUCCCGGCCCGUGAUUACCUCAUCGAUGGCUCGCGGGGAAUCCUCUCUGGCACUUCAGACCUGCUUCUGACCUUUGACGAGGCAGAGGUGCGUAAAAUUAUCCGGGUGUGUAAAGGCAUCCUGGAGUAUCUGACCGUUGCAGAGGUUGUGGAAACCAUGGAGGAUUUGAUCACUUACACUAAAAACCUGGGACCAGGCAUGACGAAAAUGGCAAAGAUGAUAGACGAGCGGCAACAGGAGCUGACACACCAGGAGCACCGUGUGAUGCUGGUCACCUCCAUGAACACAGUGAAGGAACUGCUGCCCGUGCUUAUAUCAGCCAUUAAAAUCUUUGUGACAACCAAGUGCACUAAGAGUCAUGGCGUGGAGGAGGCCUUGAAGAACAGAAACUACACGUUUGAGAAGAUGAGCGCCGAAAUCAACGAGAUAAUCAGAGUGCUGCAACUCACUUCAUGGGACGAGGAUGCCUGGGCCAACAAAAAGGACACAGAGGCCAUGAGGAGAGCACUAGCACUGAUCGAGUCAAAGAUGGGUCAGGCUAAAGGUUGGCUGAGGGACCCUAACGGUCUACCAGGAGAUCCAGGAGAGCAUGCGCUGCGUCAGAUACUGGAUGAAGCAGGAAAAGUGGGUGAGCUUUGUGCGGGUAAAGAGAGACGAGAGAUCCUGGGAACAGCCAAGACCUUGGGCCAGAUGACGGAUCAGGUGUCAGAUGUGCGCGCCAGAGGUCAGGGUGCUACCCCUAUGGGUAUGCAGAAAGCUCAGCAGGUUGGCCAGGGUUUGGAUAUUCUGGUGGGGAAAGUGGAGAACGCUGCUCGGAAGCUGGAGGCUCUGACCAAUGCCAAACAGGCCAUCGCCAAGAGAAUCGACACAGCUCAGAGCUGGCUGGCCGAUCCUAACGGUGGUCCGGAGGGGGAAGAAAACAUCCGUGCUCUUCUGGUGGAGGCCAAGCGCAUCGCUGACCUGUGUGAAGACCCUAAAGAGAGAGACGACAUUCUGCGCUCCAUCAGUGAGGUUGCAGGACUUACUGCGAGACUGGUUGAACUUCGUAAAAUGGGUAAAGGGGAUACUCCUGAGGCUAGAGCGCUUGCCAAACAGAUUGGCACAGCUUUGCAGAACUUGCAGGCAAAGACUAACCGUGCUGUGGCCAACAUGAGACCUGCCAAGGCAGCUGUUACACUAGAGGGCAAAAUGGAGCAGGCCUUGCACUGGAUUAACAACCCUGGAGUGGACGAUCAUGGAGUAGGCCAGGCUGCCAUACGGGGGCUGAUAGCGGAAGGCCGCCGGCUGGCGAACUCUCUACCAGGACCGUACAGACAGGAUCUGCUAGCAAAGUGUGAGCGAGUGGAGCAGCUGAUGAUGCAGUUGGCAGAUCUUGCGGCGCGAGGAGAGGCAGAGAGUCCUCAGGCGCGCGCUGUGGCUGCUCAUCUUCUGGAGGCAAUUAAAGAUUUGAAGGCGAAGAUGCAGGAGGCAAUGACCCAGGAGGUGUCUGAUGUUUUUAGUGAUACGACCACACCAAUUAAACUCCUUGCAGUGGCAGCAACGGCGCCUCUUGAGGCCCCCAACAGAGAGGAGGUCUUUGAAGAAAGGGCGUCUAACUUUGAGAAUCAUGCCGGUAGACUGGGUGCUACAGCGGAGAAGGCCGCUGCUGUGGGAACAGCCAAUAAGAGCACAGUUGAAGGCAUCCAGGCAGCUGUGAAAUCAGCCAGAGAUCUAACACCUCAGGUCACUUCUGCUGCACGAAUUUUGCUGAAAAACCCUGGCAACCAGGCCGCAUACGAGCACUUUGAGACCAUGAAGAACCAAUGGAUUGACAACAUUGAAAGAAUGACCAGUCUUGUGGAUGAAGCCAUUGACACGAAAUCCCUCUUGGAUGCUUCGGAGGAGGCUAUUAAGAAAGACAUUGAUAAAUGCCGGGUGGCAAUGGCUAAUGUUCAACCCCAGAUGUUGGUUGCAGGGGCCACCAGCAUUGCCCGGCGGGCUAACCGGGUCCUUCUGGUGGCCAAACGGGAAGUGGAGAACUCAGAGGAUCCUAAAUUCAGAGAACUGGUCAAAGCUGCUUCAGACGAACUUGGUAGAACAAUCUCACCCAUGGUUAUGGCUGCCAAAGCCGUGGCAGGGAACAUCCAAGAUCCAGGUUCACAAAAGAUCUUCCUGGACUCUGGCUACAGGAUCUUGGCUGCUGUUGGGAAAGUCAGAGAAGCCUUCCAGCCUCAGGAGCCGGACUUUCCACCUCCACCUCCAGACCUUGAUCAGCUGCAUGUCAGUGAUGAUCAGGCUCCUCCCAAACCGCCUCUCCCAGAGGGAGAGGUUCCUCCCCCGAGACCUCCACCCCCAGAGGAGAAAGACGAGGAGUUCCCUGAGCAGAAAGCUGGCGAGAUGGUGAGCGAGCCAAUGAUGGUAGCGGCCAGGCAGCUACACGACGAGGCCCGUAAAUGGUCCAGCAAGCCACCCCAGCCUCCCCAGCCUCCCCAGCCUCCCCAGCCUCCUCAGCCUCCCCAGCCUCCUCAGCCUGAAGUGACAGAUGAGGGUUUUGAGGCGGAAGUAGAUAUAGACGAUGAGGAUGAAUUCACAGACAACGAGGAUGAUUAUGAGCCAGAGCUGCUCUUAAUGUCUUCCAAUCAGCCAGUUAACCAGCCCAUUCUGGCCGCUGCGCAGUCUUUGCACCAGGAGGCUCGCAAGUGGUCCAGUAAGGGUAAUGAUAUCAUUGGAGCAGCUAAGCGCAUGGCCCUGCUCAUGGCGGAAAUGUCUCGCCUAGUGCGUGGAGGCAGUGGGAAUAAACGUGCCCUCAUUCAGUGCGCAAAAGACAUCGCCAAGGCCUCCGAUGAGGUCACACGGCUGGCUAAGGAGGUAGCCAAGCAAUGCACCGACAAACGGAUUCGCACAAACCUGUUGCAGGUUUGUGAGCGUAUCCCAACUAUCAGCACUCAGCUGAAGAUCCUGUCCACAGUAAAGGCCACUAUGUUGGGACGUACAAACAUCAGUGAGGAAGAAUCUGAGCAGGCUACGGAGAUGCUUGUGCACAAUGCACAGAACCUCAUGCAGUCUGUGAAAGAGACGGUCAGAGAAGCUGAAGCCGCCUCCAUCAAGAUCCGCACAGAUGCAGGGUUCACUCUUCGCUGGGUCCGAAAGACCCCCUGGUACCAGUAAACUGAGGACUCGUUGUUUUCGAUUAGCAAUUCGCAUCCUUGCCUUUUCAAACGUGUGGGAUCUGAUAAGGGGUGGCAGUGUGGAGAGAAUGAACCCUAUCUGAUUUUUAUACCUUUGGACAUCAGCGUUCGGCUCUAGUUUCGGGUUGACUGGUAUUACUUAUUUUUAUUUACUUGCUGGUAUUGGUACUUGGUACACCUACGCUGCUUCUUACGGAGGCUGUUUUUGUCCGGAAGGUUUGCUGUUGUUACCUUUAUCUCACACUACUGAGGUAUAGUGUAGGAGUAUACAGGAAGCAGAUUUUUAAAUAUAUAUUUUUGGUAUGUUGGGUUUCCAAAUUCCAGGUAUAUAUAUAUUUUUUGCAUGAAGAUGUUUUCUAUUUUCUAUUGGAGAAAAAUGGCAUGAUGCCUCUCUCGAACAACGUCGGAGUUCAUGAUGAAGAUGAAAUUUACUUUAAAUUAGUUUUUGACAAUUCAAUUUUCUUAUUGAAAUGUAUAUAUUUAUAUUUCCUAUCUUUCAUCAGAACAUAAUCACAGAUCACUUUUUAGUCGCAAAUAUACAACACAAUGUUGUACGUUUUACUUUGCUAUUCAAAAACCCUAUGGCUGGUGGUUUUUAAGUCACAAUUCACUAUAAUUAACUGUUCUUCGCUCAUAUUUAUAAUGAACUUUUGCUUAGCUAUUUAUUAAAUAUUAUAUUGCCUUUUUUGAUGGGUCGUGCCAUUACAAAGAUGUAUUUUGCAUGGCAUGGUUGAUGCCAAAGAUUUUGUUUUUUUACACUUUAGCUAUCAAAUAAACACAUCUAUGGUGUAACACUACUUAGACAUGUAAAAGCUUAGAUAGUUAACACUUAAAUUCUUUAUACUUCAUUCACACUCUUCUUUCUGAUAAGCUUGUUGAGAGAGUGAACCAUUGUUUAAAUUUGUUCAAAGAAAAGCACAAUCCUCACAACAGUUGAACUGUUCUUUCUUAUCUCAGUCUGUUUACAGUUUACAGCUGUAAUUUUGACGUUUAUCUGCGUGAUUGUGUUUGUAGUAUAUUGAUGAUGGAGCUGUCUUAAUGUUUUUACCCAUUUAAAAAGAAUGGGUAACAAGACCCAGGUGGCUUGUUUAAAUGUAAUGCUUAUGUGUUUGGAGAUGCUUAAAAUGCAGAGUUUACCCAAAAAAAACCUUUCUGUUGUCCUAAAACUGAAAAUGUUUUUGUCAAUGCAUUGAAAGUCAUGUUGUUUUGGACCCCAUUGACUUUCAAGUAUAGACAAAAACAGAGAUAUUUUUCAAAAUGUCUUCUUUUGUGUUCCCAGAAGAAAGUCAAGUUUGGAAUGACAUGAGGGUGAGUAAACUGCAGAUUUUUUUGGGUGAUCUAUCAUUUUAAGGACAGUAAAUUCACAGUAUAGAAUCAAAUGUGUGGAAAUUGUGCAAUUAUAGUAUGAAAAUCCCAGUAGCACAAGCUCAUCACCAUUAUUAGCUGAAGAUGCGCUCUGAAAUUUUCUGUACAGCUACACGAACACUAUCAAGAUGCUUCACUGCCUUGCAUUCACUUAAAAACUCUUAUCUACAACAUAUACAUUUAAAGGAGUACCUUUUCAGCCCAAUAUAGUGCCUCGUUGUGAAAGUUUACAGGGCUGUAUUUGUAUGUGAAAUAGCAUGUUGUGGGUUCUGAUGACAUUUAGAAAGGGUGAAAUUACUGCUUUGUGAAUGUAUAUAUGACACUAAUGUUGACUUUUUCAGUGUCACAGAAAAAAAAACAUCUUAUGUGCCUCAGAUUAAUAAAAAAACAGUUAAGGUGUUUUGUUUGGCAACUUCA